AUAUAAAAUAUAUACAAUACUCUAGCUGCUGUGUUACAACUUUAGGAAAAUGCAAUUUUUGCUAGCUUUUGUUAUUGUUACGUCGACAAUUUUGAAAGGUAUACUAUGUCUGCCUGUCAAAAUCGAUUCAGAAACAAAGUUUCUGGUUCUCGAGAACGAUGAUAUGGAGCCAACUAUAUUGGAAUGUGAUUAUAAUGUGAAUGAUACAGCAUCGUUUCUGACUGUAAAGUGGUUCAGGAAUGACAAAACCAUUUACCAAUGGAUACGUGGAUCUCACCCAGCACCCAUUCCUGAAUUUAAAAAUGAUGUGGAUAGCUCGUAUGAGAGCUCAACUGAUCCCAAUAAGCAAUAUAGUGCACUGGCUCUAAUAAAUCCCUCGAUCAGCUCUACCGGAGACUACAAGUGUGUAGUCCAAACGCGAUCGGAGACGAUUACCAACCACAAGAGCGUUCAGGUGAUAGACGUGCGAAACUAUACCCUCAACAUGUAUCGCUACAAGAUCCAAAAUGAAACUCAAUUGGAGUGCACGGUGACCAAUGUCUUCCCGAGACCCACAAUAACUAUUACCUCGGAAGACGAUGAUAUUGUCAAGGUGGUGGCCAAUGAUCCUCAGCAGAAUGAGGAUGGGUAUUACAAUGCAACGACCUUUGCGGCCAUCUAUGACGAUGACGACGAUUUGGACUCGCACAAGUGUGUGGUUACAUUCGAGGGUUAUUCUCAGAAUUUGACUACCAUCAUAACAUCGGGAUCGUGUAUAGCCGGCACAGACUUUCGGAUAUUAACACUAAGUUUUCUGGUGUAUUUCCUAAUAGAUUACCUGAAAAUUUUAGUUUAAAAUAAAAAUUUGUUGUUUUUACUGU